UAUACUCUAUGCUCCUGCAAGAGCAUGAAACUUUUUGGCUUUUAUCUCACGGAACAAAGACAAAUUGUCCACAGACUCGCUUGCUAUCCGUCUGUGGCCACACACUCCACACCACACUCACUCAAAUUCCAGCCACCGAUGCAUGUAACCCACAAUACAAAACAGUGAAAGAGAGAACAUUUUCCAUGCAAAAGGAUACAGAGAAUGAGAAAACCUUGUUCAUAGAACGAUAGAGAGAGGAGAAACCAUUGAUCUGGAAUCAUUUAUUGAGCAAUGGUUUGUGCUCUGUGAAAUUCUUCGAGCAAAUUGGCUUUGGGCUGAGCUGAGAAAUGGCCCCGGAGUUCGAGCUGCCAGAGGCGCUGCGGGCUGUGCUCCCGGCAGACCCUUACGAGCAGCUGGACGUGGCGCGGAGGAUAACGUCAACAGCACUGUCGACGCGGAUUGCGAAGCUCGAGGAUGACAUGGUGACGCUCCGAGAGGCAGUCCAGGAGAGAGAAGAAGUCAUCACCCAACUCCAAGAGAACAUUGAGAAGUUGGAAGUGGCACUGGAAGAGAGCAGUGAGAAGCUUGCGAAGGCCCUGGAAGAAAAGGAGAAGCUAGCUGAGCAAAACAUUUCAUUGUCUAAUAAUGUAAACAAGCUCAAUCGAGAUGUGGCCAAGUUGGAGAUCUUCAAAAAGACUCUCAUGCAAUCCCUUCAAGAGGAAGAAGAGCCCUCUCAAACUGGAGCUGCCCAGGUAUCUGAAAAAAAAAUACCAGAUCCAAACAACAUUUCAUCCCGAUCACUCCUAGGAGAGGAUGAUGCGGGUUUGCAACUUCUGAAGCCAUCUGAAUUGCAAACUCAGGUCUCGGACACUGGAAAUUCAGCUUCAGAGGAUGGAAGUUCAACUGAACCAGAUUCAACAAGGUAUAGUUCUUCCCGUCAAUUUUCAUUUGCAUCCCAAGGUGGCACACCAAGGCUCACUCCUCCAGGAUCUCCCCCUCGAGUUUCAGCUUCAGUUGAACCAGAUUCAACAAGGUAUAGUUUAUCCCGUGGACUUUCAUUGGCAUCCCAAGGUGGAAGGCUUACUCCAGGUGGCACACCAAGGCUUACUCCUCCAGGAUCUCCCCCUCGAGUUUCAGCCUCAGUUUCUCCUACCAUAUCGUCGAAACCAACAACACCACAGCGACAUUCAAUUUCAGUGUCAACUUCAAGGGCCAUAUUUGAUGAUAGAUCUUCAAUUUUUUCGUCAAUGCCUACCAGCCAUACCACUACUACUUCAGGUUCUCCUGAAUCAGGAUCACAUACAGCACGUGCACGAGUCGAUGGGAAGGAAUUCUUUCGUCAAGUCAGGAGUCGAUUAUCUUAUGAACAGUUUGGUGCAUUCUUAGCCAAUGUGAAGGAACUGAACUCUCACAAACAAUCAAGAGAGGAAACACUACGCAAAGCAGAUGAGAUAUUCGGACCUGAUAACAAGGACCUUUACAUCGUAUUUGAGGGAUUAAUCAGCAGGAAUGUCCAGUAGAGUAACUGCCUUCUUCAUUUGAACUAGUAAUAUCACCCUAUUUUAUCCAUAGUUUGAGUUAUUUUUAUUCUCCAUAGUAAAAAGCGAUGAUGAAUAUUUAAAGCUUUCAAUCUUUCCUCCAUAAUUGUAUUAAUUUAUUUAUUCAACAAAAGUCUUUGCAAUAAUUUUGUAGUAAUGUUAUUGUUGUUCUUUAAAAUUUGUGGCAUGAUACGCAUUCUCUUCAAUCCAGACAUCAGAGAGAGAGAGAGAAAGAGAGAGAGAAGGGGGGGGGGGGGCGGGAGGAAUGUAUAAUACUCCUUUGACCAUGAAUAGUGGAGUUUUGCUCAUAUCAACAAAAGAAAAAGAAAGUGAAGGGUUUGCUGCUAAGGAUAAGAAUUUGAUCAUAUUGUCACAAGUUUCAUCUUGUCAAAUUGGCCAAAGUUUGCCAACCUAAAGCUAAAGGGGGUAUAGGAAUCCAAGAUCUCCAGAGUACAAAUUUAGCUUUGUUGGGUAAGUGGUGGUGGCGUUUUGCUACCCAAACCAACCAUUUGUGGUGGCAGGUGAUCCACUGCAAGUAUAGCAGCGGUGACCAUGAAUGGCUGCCUUCCUGCAAAGUGGGAGGCAAUAUUUCCGGCUUCUAGAGGUCCAUCUUGCAUUGCCGCCCACUGAUUCUUAAUCACAUUCAUUUUAUACCCAGAUAUGGCUCAAGAGUUUUGUUUUGGCACAACAUAUGGGUAGGUUGAUCACCUCUCAAGGAGCAAUUUCCAUCCCUCUUCCUGUUAGAUCGCAACCCUCCCUCCACUGUGGUCGAAAGCAUCACUGGCCCUAUCCACUCAAUAUAUGGAACCCGAAUUUCAGAAGGCCCCUUGCUGAUCACGAAUAUAACCACUUCCUGGCCUUCUCAGCAAAGCUUCACUUGGUUUUCUUAUCACCCAUAGGAGAGGACAAGAUUGUUUGGUCCCCUUCUCCAUCUGGAGAUUUCACGUUCUCUUCCUUUUACCACAGCUUGACUUCAUUCCCCCUGAUCCCCUCACACCCUAUCCCAUUGCAGCUAAUUCUUUUUUACCUCCAAAGAUCCAGUUCUUUACCUGAAUAGCCCCCAUGAGAGAGCCUUAACCCUUGAUCAUCUUCAACGGAGGGGGUUACUGCUGCCCAACCGUCGUAUCAUGUGCUGCAAAGCUCAAUAGACAAAUCAACAUCUUUUUCUACAUUGUGAAGUGGCAAUGGCCCUUUGGACUGAUGUACUCAUGCUCUUCAGUUGGCUGUGGGUCACCCCCCAGUAUUCCGCUACUAUUCUCGUCUUACACUCACACCCCUUGGAACAGAGCUGGGAAACUGUUAUGGAUUGCCUCCAUUGCUGCAACACUACGGGUUAUCUGGAUUGAAAGGAAUAGUAGGACUUGUGAAUCUGCCGCUAUCCCUAACCUUCACCAAUUACUCCUUCUCAGACCUUCAUCAACAGCUGCAGACAUUACUUCAUCUGAGGGUCAUGAGGAUAUCUCCAGCAUCCCUUUGGAGGUCACCGGAAAUAGGGACCAUCGAGUUCAAUUUUGAUGUUUGCUCCCUUGGCAACCCUGGCCCCCUGGCAUCUGCGGCAAUUCUGCAAUUUGUCAUAUCUCUUCGGUCCAAGCACUGAGAGAAAGAGCAUGGUAUAGAGAGGAGAGCGAACAAGGGAACAUGGUAUAAACUAUAAAGAGAAGAGAAAGGGGGAGGGAGUGAGAACUUGGUAUACCCUUCUGAGUGAAUCCACUUAAAUCCAUGUUCUGAGUGCGGAUGCACAUGUGUGUGCAUGUGCAUGUGAUACCAAGCCAGUUGUGGCCUUUGCUUUGGUGAAGCAUGUGUAAAAUUAUUAACUGAAAUGGUAACCACAUCUUUUUUUUAUGUUUCCUUAAAUCUUUUGGUUUCAAUGUUGUGUUGUGACAGGCCAGUUGACAUUUGCAUUCGAUGAAAUUGUUUUACAUGUUUAUCGCAUUA